CGUUGGCAUCACUAGAGACGUCACCAAAUGGUCGAAGCCUAAUUAUCUUGUAUGAUGUUGUUGAAAUGAUCGGAAAUAUAUCCGCUUAAAUCCAAUAAAAUAUCUAUACAUCGAAGUAAAGGACAUUUAAAAUACCAUACUACAAUACCCGAGCAGCUAGUAUUUCUUUAUAAUUCAAUAAAGAACCUAAUAUAAUUGAACUAUUAGAUUGGAAUGAAGAGUAGUGUAUAUUGUUCAAGUCCUCCAGGAAGGAUGUUCGUAAUUUCUGGCUGAAUACAAGUACCCAUCUCUUUGUAGGUGCUAUGCCAAGUGGUCGGGAUGUGGAAAGAAAUGGAAGGAUCAUUGAACAUCGUCGUCGAUCAAGCAACACUCAGAGAUCGGAUGCAUCAGGAAGUGACCUAGAUGGUAUUGUCAUUCAAACAAAUAUGGACAUGGAGUCAGGCAGAAGUAGACGUAGUAGACAUAGUGGAAGUCAUGGGAGGAUAUCUGGAAAUAAUAAGAAGAAUAGGAGAAAGCGACGGUCCAGAGAGUGCAGUUCCGGUGGUGCUGAUAAUCCAGUGGUUUCUGUAGCAUCAUCAGUCAUAAAGCCUUUAGUUGAAUAUUCAGAUGUAAGUUCUGAGGAUCUCUCAGGUCCUGAAGCAGGUGAGAUACAGAGUGAUGAGAGUACUCGAAUUAGUUUAAGUGAGGGGGAAGUGAGUCCAAACUCCCCACAUUCAGGACUCCAUCAUGGCUCUAGCAGUCGGAGUCAGCAUAAACAUGGCCGAGCAUCACUAAGUGGUGCUAAUAGUAAAUUAGUGGAAUCAGAUGUUGAUAGGGAUAAAGGGUACAGACAUCACAGUGACAGAAAAUCACUCUCAUCGCAUUCCCGUGUUGUGUCUUCCCCUCCAUCAAGAAGCAGUGAAAGCAGGCGGAGCCAUAGUGGGCGACAUGCUAUUUCUCCUGUGUUAAUAAUUCGAUCACCUUCUCCUUCAAUUUCCAUGCCAAAAAUCAGUGGUAAGCGGAAGGAACGUAGAGCAUCUGUUUCUUCAGUUACAUCCCGGGGAAGUGAACUGAGGCAUAGGAAACGUCAUGAUCAUUCACCUUCUGUUGAAAAACAUCAUGUUGGCAGAAGUAUUUCCCCAUCUUCUUUGGACAUUUAUAGGAAAAUGAAGGAUGCACAUUCUUCCAGUAGUCGCCAUCGAUUCAGCUCCAUGAAAAAAAAGGAAAAGAAACAUAAACGGGACCGAGAUAGGAAGUUGAAAACUUCUUACAGGUCAAGUAGAAGUCCAAAUUCUUCUAGUGGCAGGAGGAGAAAAAGAAAAUCCAGACAUCAUUCAAGAAGCUCUUCUCCUGGUGGUAUGGGAGAGGAAAAUGUUGGUGGUUUAACACCGCAGUCAGAUGAUAUCAGUUUGGUUAUUUCGGGAGAAGAGAUAGUGGACGCUAGUCGGUUGGUAGAUUCAUGGCACCAUCCUGCAUCUCCUGAUGAAAUAGUGUUGCCAUCUGCCAUGCCAAGAUCUGCUUCUCCAGAUGAUUGUACAAAGAGUAAUGCAUUGAUUUCUCCAGAGUCUCCACCAUUCAUUGAUGAAGGGAACACACCUCCACAUGAGCCAAGUGAUAUGGAUGUUGAAUCUUCUGAACCAGAAGAAAGUUUGUCACCUCAAACAAGGACUUCAACUAUUUUAGUUCCUGUCUCUAUAAGGUCUUCAAGGGGUAGAGGUGGUAGUACUCCAGUUUCUUCUCCCCAUACUCCACCAUUACCUCCAAAAGCUUAUGAAAAGUUGAGCUCAUCGAAGCUGGCUGCAGUGGAGCCAAGAUACAGUGGGAGACGUUCACCCAGCCCGACAGAUAGAAGGUCUCCUAGUAUGCUUCCAAGGCAAACACCAUCAUUAAGCCCUGUUCCAAGACAGUCCCAUAGUAUUUUGGAGGAAGAAGAAAUAGUGAGGUGGAAACCUUCAAACACAUCUCCAGGUCCUCGAUCUCCUAUUACUCACCACCCUACUCCGGUUCACACAACGUCCAGACGAAGUGUGAGUUCACAGUCCCGAAAAAGGAGGAAGAGCAGCAAAAAUGGAAAGGAUAGGAUGAGAAGUCACAGGAGAGAGAAAGAGAGAGACAGAGAGAGGGAACGAGAGAGAGAAAGGGAACGAGAAAGAGAACGUGAGAGGGAACGAGAUAGAAGCCAUAAGUCCAAUCGAAUACGUAGGAGCAGUCGUUCAAGAAGCCGUUCUCCAAUGAGGUCUGUAGGUAUGGAGAGGAAUAGACUAAAAGAUCAAAGAAUACGACGCAUGGAGCCACGUUCUCUGACUCGUUCACGUAGUCGUAGCAUUCAACGUUGGCGCAGACCAACCAGGUCUCGAUCACGAUCCCCACACGCGUCCCGCAAUAGCAGACGUUGGAGUCGGUCGCCAAGCUAUACUGUAGUACGUGGUUUAUCAUCACGUAUUCGCAGUCGCAGUCGUAGUCGCCCUAAAAUAUCAAAGCGUGCUCGCACCCGUAGUCCUCUACUUAGACCUCGAUCUCGCAGCCCUUCUUCAAGGCAGCGUUCACGGACGCCAAAGGCACUGAGGUCUCAUAGUCCACGAACUCCACCCAGCAAACACUCCAGAUUACGCUCAAGAAGUCCUGCUAGAAGUCCUCAUUCUCCUAGGAGUCCCAUUUCAUCUUCAUCUUCACAUACCCCAAAAGUCAAAGAUCUUGGGCUUGCAAAAAUGAGUGAGACAAGUUUAUUUGCAGAAUUGGUGAAAGAUAAAAAUAUGAGGGAACUUGCAAUGAAACGUUUGGCAGCCCUCAAAGAAAAGAAGAAAGAAAAUAAAGACAGUGAACCAGAGGAGAGUACACCUGUGAAAGAAGGAGCUAGUACAGAAUUGUCUCAAGCAGUGCUGGUGGAUGUUGAUCAGACCACAUAUAUUACACCUUCUGAUGUGAACAGUAUUCCAAUACCUUGCAGUGACACUGUGCAGCCAAGUCAGUCUGCCUAUCCAUCAGUGUGUGCACCAGCAAAUUUUAUUUAUCCUUCUCCCACUGCUGUAGUAGUGCCAAACUCUCAAGUUCCUCCUGGUCUGCAGCAGGUCCCAAGCAGUGUAGUACCAGGAUCUGCUGGCAUCAUGCCAACACAUCCAGUUACAGUACCACCACCUUCCAAUUAUCCAAAUAUUUCAUCAUCAACUUCAGCUCCAGGUAGUAAUGCAGUUAUGGUUAGUGGAUCAGGACAGCAAACAAAUAUGAAAAUUACUCCACCUAGGGCCAUAACUGCUAUUCCUGAUAAUAAUAUGGACAUCUCUCCUGUUCAUGAAGACUCAAAUGAUGCCUCAUUAUCAAAUAGUGCUCCUGAUGUGAUACAUAUGGAUUCAGAACCUCCGGUGGUAAAACCUGUUAGUGAACCUGUUCUUGUCAAACCAAAACUACUGACUGUUGAGGCUGAAGUAAGCAAGCCUGCUGUACCAGAAGUUGUGCCACAAGCAUUAAAACCAAAGAGCUUGACCAAACUUCCAAUGCCUCCUGGAAUUCGACAAAGUGACUUUGAGAGUAUUGAUUCUCCUCCAAGUCACUCACCUAGUCCUGAGCCAGUUGUGAACAAACAUAAAACUCCGCCAAGGAAGGGUAUCAGAGACCUUCCAAUGCCACCAGUUGUCCCUGGUUCAGAAGAGCUUAGUGCAGAUGAAGAUACAGUUCUGACACCACCUCCACCAGUAAUAGUACCUGAGAAACCUCUCAAGUCAAGCAACAAAGUCAUGCCUCGUCCAAAGCUUAGACGGCCAAAGAUUCUGCAUCGUCGCCGAGGUCCAAAGAAUAGUGCAUCAUUGGCAACUGGAGGUAGAGACUGGGGAGAACGAUGUGUGGAGGUGUUUGAAGUAAUUGCCCAGAUUGGAGAAGGAACUUAUGGCCAAGUAUACAAAGCGAAAGAUAAAAGAUCAGGUGAACUGGUAGCAUUGAAGAAAGUAAGGUUGGAAAAUGAGAAAGAAGGUUUUCCUAUUACAGCAGUAAGGGAGAUAAAGAUCUUAAGACAACUGAACCAUAAGAACAUUGUAAACUUGAGAGAGAUUGUCACAGACAAGCAGGAUGCUUUAGAUUUUCGGAAGGACAAGGGAUCUUUUUACUUGGUAUUUGAGUACAUGGACCAUGAUUUAAUGGGACUCCUGGAGUCAGGAAUGGUAAAUUUUAAUGAAGCACACAAUGCAUCGAUAAUGAGGCAGUUACUUGAUGGACUGAACUAUUGUCAUAAGAAAAACUUCCUUCACCGAGACAUUAAGUGCAGUAACAUUCUUAUGAAUAACAGGGGGGAAGUCAAGUUAGCAGACUUUGGACUGGCACGGUUGUAUAGUGCAGAAGAUCGUCAGCGUCCGUACACUAACAAGGUGAUCACGUUAUGGUAUCGACCCCCUGAACUACUGCUUGGCGAGGAGAGGUAUGGACCUGCCAUUGAUGUUUGGAGUUGCGGUUGCAUUCUUGGAGAACUCUUCUGGAAGAAGCCACUUUUUCGGGGCAAUGUUGAGUUAAUGCAACUGGAAAUAAUUUCCAACCUGUGUGGCACACCAACACCUGCAGUUUGGCCAUCAGUAAUCAAAUUACCUUUGUGGCACACAUUGAAGCCAAAGAAGCCACACCGCCGACGAUUGCGAGAAGAAUUUUCUUUCAUGCCUUCAACUGCUCUAGACUUGUUAGACAAAAUGUUGGAGCUAGAUCCAGAGAAGAGAAUUACUGCAGAGGAUGCUCUGAAAUCUGCAUGGCUCAAGAAUAUUUGCCCAGAGAAGAUGCCUCCACCAGAAUUACCAACAUGGCAAGAUUGUCAUGAGUUAUGGAGCAAAAAGCGUCGUCGUCAAUUAAAGGAACAACAGGAGUCCCUUCAGAACUUGCCUCCAGGCAAGCCUCCACUGCUUAAAGACAAGUCAGCAUCAAACAAAGGGUUUGAUGAAGGAUUGGACAUUGGCGGAUCUCCCAACUGCACCCCUUCGAAGCAGACCUUGUGUGAAAGCUCAUCAAAAGCACUCAAGAAAGAGGCAGCAGGUUUUUCUUCUCAUGGAGCCAAUGAAGAUGCAUACAACCAAGCUAUAUAUGCAGCUGCUAUUGCUGUUUCUGGGAGUGGUGGAAUUCUUGGGCCUUCUCCUGGAGUUCAACCAUCCUCUCCCCCUCCUGGGGGUCUAGUAGGAAGGCCCAUUCCCAGAAUUGGUAUUUGUGAGUCAUCUCUAACCCCUCCUACCAACCUGGCAUCUCGAGCUGGUGCAGGUGUGCACGCCACAAACAUCUCUGCAUCAUCCAACCAUGCUGAUGGCUCUCAUACACCCCCAACUGGAAUGGGACAUGCGUUGACAGAUGAUGUGAUGGUGGCAGGGGGAGGUGGUGAAUCAAUGUCCUUACAGAGGCAGCUUUCAGUGCUGUCACAUUCACUCGUCAAUAAUUUGCCAAUCAGAGUAGAACAGCUCUUGGCUCUUCGUAAUGAGAAGGAAGCUGAUCCCCAUACUCAUCAACUGAUUGAAAACCUGCAUUCAGAAUUGAGGCAAGCAGCAGUACAUGGAGCAAACAGGUUUAAUAGUACAUCAUCAGUGGCAUCACACCCCCACAAACUAGAUCCGAAGCAGCACGUGUUCAACCCUGAAGGAGGUAGUUCAUGGGGUCGGGGUCACAAGCUUGACACUUUUGAUGCCUACGUGGAGUAUGCAGGUGAUAAUGCAGUGAGCAACAAUACAGGACGUGCCAAGGAGUCAACUUCUCUGGCAACCGAUGGGGUCCGAGCAACCCUGGCAGAUUUGUUCUCUCGGCAUGGUCUGUCAGGUGCUGCUGGCAUACUCAUGAAGCCACAAGUCAAGGAUUCAGGUACAGUACCAGCUCCUCAACAGUCUCGCACUUCGCUCCUACACUCGGGUUACAGUGGUGAUGUUAAAAGUGAGCCAAAGUCUACAGAUGCUGCCCCUGAGGGUCUGCCAAUUUCAACAACUUAUAACACUACGGAGCCUAGGGUAGAUGGGGAUGGUAGCAAUCCUGGUGAUAAUGUUUCACAUAGUCCUCUCACCUCAGCUGAUAGGGGAGGGUACCCUCCAGUGAUAGUAACAGGUAUGUUUCCACGGGGUCAUGGUAGGGGAUGGGGUCCACCUAGACAUCCUUUACUUCCUAACCCACCUAAUAUGCAUUCAAACAUACCCCCUCAUGUUGUAGAAAGUGUACCCACUAUUUAUACACGUCCUCCACCACCCAUUCAGCAUAGGCCAGUGAAUCCUUGGGGUGGGGGAAGAGGUGGUGGAAAAUACAAACCUUGGAAUGCUCAAGGACAUUCUACAAACAGAUAGUGAAGUGGCAGAAUUGAUUAGUGGACAUAAAUCAAAUUAUUCUGACUGAUAAAACCGUAUAAUUUUUGUUAAUCAGCAGUUGAAGAUUUUGUGCCCUCAGGUUGCAUGUGGAUGAGUGAAAUGUGGACAAACAUAUGAAUACCUAAUCAUUACCAAAUACUGCUUUGUAUAUAGAGAAACACUUAUUUCAAAUGACAAGAUGUUGGGAAUUAUUAUAUCAUUUCUUAGGAAUAUGAUUCGGUUUUCUUUUUUCUUUCAUAAUUACACAUUCUUUACCAGCAAUUUUAUGGUGGUAAAUGGAACUCCCAUAUAUGCUGUACAGUCAUUGGCAAGAUUCAUUCUUGAAGUUUGAUUGCUGUGGUCCCAUUAUUCUUUCUUCUUUUAUGUGUACAAGUACUUUGAAUUUCCUCAUACAGUUAUUAAUAAGAGGAGAACCAAAAAGCAACAUAUUGUGUAUAGUUUGUCAUUGGUUAAUAAUAAUGUUAAUAAUUACAAACUACAUUUUAAGAUUGCACAUAUUCUGUAAAUGGAGUGGUCAUUUUAGUUUGGAAGUUUAGAUCAAUUUUCAGCUUGUGUUUAAAAAGAUGGGUGACUAGCUGAUAUUAACAAAAUUUUGUUUUUAUUCUCAGAAUGUCUGUGUUUAAUUGGGCCAUGGUAAAAAACAUACCAUUAUGGUUAUUGCUGUUGGUGUUAUUGUAAAUGGAUACAGUUUAUGAUCAGCACUCACUAUAAGGACUGUAUCAUAUGUCAAAUGUUAUAGCAAAGUCUCUGUUAUUUUUUUCUUCUUUUGCUUGCAUAUAAUUUGUAUGAAAUAGAGAACAUUCUUUUAAACCUUAAAUACUUUGUUAAUAUAAGACAAAUGACCUCCAUUUUAAUUUAAAUUAUUAUUGAUGUGCAAUGAAACAAGUAUAUUUUGUGAAUGUGCUAUUUUUUGGCGUUGUCAUCAUGUCUGUUCAGGGAGGAGUUUUUAUAACAUACACCCUACAUGAAAUUUACAUACAAGCAGGACAUUGCUUAAUCAACAUAACCAUUCAUCGUUACACCCUCAGUAUGUGUGUGUGGUGUGAACAUUAAAAUGCAAAUCACUUUUAUGUGCUUUCAAGGGACCCUUUUUCCGGUAAAUACUUGUUGUCACAGUUCCUCUUGUUUAGUAUACUAGGUUAUGUAGCUUUCUAAAGAUGACAUUGCUUUCAGUUAUCUGCUACUGGUUAUUAUUAAAUUACCUUGCUAGUAUCCCCACCUUCAUGGAACUCUUGUAAAGUAAGUUACAGUAUUUGUUCUUAGGAAUGUUUUGACAUAUACUGCAGUCUUUGUGGUAAGAUCAAACUGAAUGUACCCUAGCACUUCCUGCAGCCUUUUCACUGUGCUCUGGAUCCAGUCACACCUUUGAAGACUAAAGAAGGAACUUGCUAAUAUCAUACUGCUACCCAUGUUUGUUUUGGGUGUACGUAUUUAUUUUACAGUGACCUGACAACUAAUCAUGAGGUUGGUUUUCUAUGGGUAAGCAACACAUAUACAGGGCUACUCUAAAAACAGCAUAAAAUUUAUUAGACAACUUUUCAGUGUCAUACUUAACUUGUGUAGUAUUUUAUAAAUAAAAAAAUAAAUUCUGUCUUCAUUGACAUUUGUAGGACAUUCUGUGUAUUACAGUUCUAAUGGCUUUAACCACUGUCAACUGGAGCUUUUAUUUAUUAGUUAACAAACGUUUGUAAUAAGUACAAAUUUUGAUUUUGUGUCACAUUUUUUGAUAUAUAUUGAGCAGUGUUCAACAUAUAUAGUUAUCAUAACAGUCUGGUUCAUAGCAACUAUAAAAGAUAUGUUUAAAAUAUGUAGUAUAUUCUGUUGAUUGCCAUUACAAAAGGAACAGUACAUGUGCCUCAUACUUUGAGUUGCAAAGAGAUGGGAAAGAACAUCUCUAUCUGUCAAAUAUUGGCAACAUGCUUUGCUGCUCACCUUUUAGUGUUACUCAUUUUUGAAACUAUUUAAAAUUUUAAAAAGAAACAGUUCAGAAUAAAAAUUAAAUUUGUACAAAUUUUGUACCCUAUAAAGAGUAGAAGUUGUUAGCACAGUUGCCUUACAUGCUCUAAGUUCUUUAUUAGCACUGCAGUUAGUAGAACAUUGUUCUGUAUCUCCCAGCUUCCUUUUAUAGUGAACGUGGCCGUCAUGUUUGAUCGUGUACUGGGAUUAAGGACAUCUGUGCAUUGCAUAUGUUAUCCAGAAGAGUAAUUUAAUAGGCAGUAUUCACAUAUUAUUUGUUGUUAUUUUGUAAGAUUUACACAUGAAAGCAUACUGUGUUGUUAGGGAUGUAGUAAAAAAAAUUGACAUCUCAAGUCACACAACAGAUAAGGACUAGCUCUGUGAAUUGAAGUUUAAUCUGUUUUUCAGGUUAGUCCUUGCAUGUAAUGUUGUUCUGUCCAUGCAUAAUAUCGAUUAAACAUUUAUUGAGUUUGAGUUCUCUAUAAUGAAGACUGUGUCCAACUAACAACAGGUUGUUGCAGUCCACAGCUCUUAAAUAACUAUCUUCAGCCGCACUUUUCGCCUACUGCACAAUAUUUAUUCUUAUGACUACAAUUUUACUCCCCCCCCCCUCCCCCACAGCAUUUCCAAUUGUACAUUGCUGAUUUUAUUCUCACAUUUAUAUAUAAUUAUAUUAAAGUAUUUUCCUAUAUUUCUUAAGUCUACAGCAUUAGUACAGUUGAAUUAUUCUUUUGUCAGCUACCUCUUUUUAACAAUGAGCCAUUUUCUACUCAAAAAUUAUUCCAUAUAUUUCCUUAUUUCUGAGCCUUUUAAUAGUAUGUGUAUAGCAUACUUUUCUCUACAUAGAGGAAAUCUACCUUUCUCAGAUCCUUUCCUCAUCACUCUGUUUCCAAAUACCAGUCUAACACGAAGCAUAUUUGUCUCGGUAUCAUGGCAUCAUUAUAUUUGUCUUAUUCAAGUUCAUAAGUUCUAAGAUUUUAUAGCCAUCUUUAAAUUUCAGUACUUGUAUUUAUAACGUCAAAUGAAUUGCCUUCAUAGUGAUUGAGGUUCUCAUGACAGUGAGUGCAAAGAUGGCUGUCUUUUGGGCUGUAGUGCCAUGUAGUCUGAAGUUUACCAGACUGCAUAGCACUACAACCUGGGAGGCAGCCAUCCUUUAAUUGCCUUGUAUUGAGAAUGAACUGCUGUAGCUGGUUUCUCCAUAGUAAUUUCAUAUUUCUUUAGUUUGCCUGAACUUAAACACUUGGUAUGUUACAUGUAUUAUUUUCAAUUAUGUAUAGUGGGAUCAUUCUUUAAUAUGGAGGUAUGUUGUUAGAUCGAUUAUUUGUUUUGUAUAUAACACAGUAAUAUGAGAGUAGUUGUUAGGAAGUGUUUUUAGAAAGUGAAUGACUUGAGAACUGUACUGUGCCUUGUGCCACAAAUCCACGUCUUUGGUCUAAUGCAUAAUCACAUUUUUUUCUCAUCUGGUACAAGGCAUGAUAAAUUGCCUGUAAACUUUGUAAUUAAUAAUCAAGAGAAAUGGAUAAAGGAAGAAAUGAAGUAAGGUUUAAUGUUUUCCACGAGUUAUACACAGUGAUGGUGAUGUACUGUUUCUUGAAAAAAGGAAACUUACUAUGAAAUGAACUUGUGUUCGUGUAUAUGAAUCUGCUAAUGGAAGUGUAAGGUGAUGUGAAUAUUGGUAUGGCAUGAUCCAGUACAUUCCUCUACAAGUCCAGCCCAAAUAAUCCAGUCAUUGCAGUACGAAGAGUAGGUGGAUUAGUUCUCUCUGACUCACCAUGUUGCUGACACUUGAUUAUUCAUCUCAUUUGGUGGAAAUGGCUAAAUAAAAUGAAGGAGCAUGUAACCAGA